GAGCCACUGAAGUAGAUUCCCGAGCUUGGGCAUUGGCCCAUGUUCCAAGGUAACAAGUUUGGUACUGUUACGUGGGGAAUGAAUCUGAAAUCUGAAGCUGUCAGUCAAUUUCGUCUCCCACUCGCGUCAUUCCCUCUUCCCUCUCUCUUAUAAACCUUUGGCCCUCCUGGACAACCAAAUCUUCUUCUCCUUCCUCUCUUUCAUCCUAAAUCCCCAAUUUCACCUACUCUCAACCAUCAUCGCCUCGUUUUUAAUCAUAACCACAACCUGACUACCAGCGUCGUUGCCAUGGCCACCCUUCACUAUCUCCCUCCUGUCAAGCCUUCUGCGAUUGCCCUGGGCAUCGUCUUCAACCAAGUCAGCUCUGCAGCUGUAUUGGCCCCUCUCUUUGGUGACACCUAUCACCGCGCCAAGGCCGCCGACAGCAAGGAGGAGUUCUUCAAGUCCAAGGAGACUGCCACCGCUGCCGCCAGCUGGGGUAGCAGCAUCGUGGGAUCUGCCAUCCAAACCUAUGGUGUCGCCGCCCUAAUCAACUCGACCGGUACUCUUAGCUACAAGGGAGCUGCUUACCUCGGCAGUCUGAUCUUUUUCGCCUCCUACUCUCCAUCUCUGGUCUCUGCUCUCGUUGUUGAGAACCGUCCCAUUGACACUGUCGCCGUUGGCGUUCUGUCCCGCAUCUUCGAGACCGUGGGUCUGAGCGUCUUCCUCACCUACUGGGGAACCCGAACCAACCCCUUUGACUAAACGGCUGGCUCUCUCUAGGCGUCCCUAGCCAAGAAACGAUUUGACACAAUUGCAAAGGUUGCAGAUCAUGGGCGGAGAGGAAUGUCAUUCGACGUUGAUGCUCGAGGGCGAUGGAAAUGGUCCCGAGUCAACAAUUCGGGCGUCAUUGGAGCUCGCUUCUACUUCUCGUGAAAUCUCAACACUGUAUCCAUAAAUCACAUACUGAAUUCAAAUCAUAAUUGUACAACCCAA